AUGCAGAACAUCAACGGAUUUUCUGCCAUUACCUUGAGCCUAUCAGCCUUGAGCAUCAGCACCUGUGAAGAUGGGCGGCGGAGGCGCAAGGACCCGGUCUGCUGCAACACGCACCAGUCACAGCGCGGGGACCAGUUUAAGGAGGCCUCCAACUGGGGCAUCUUCGAGCGCCAACGCACCUGGCUUCUCCAGCCCACCAUCUACAACGGCGACCGUUGCGGCGCCUCGUGCGACUUUUGGAACCGGUAUGAGGAGGACCUGGAGCGUGCCGCGGCGCUGGGCAGCAACUGCUUCCGCAUCAGCCUGGAGUGGCACCGCAUUGAGCCGGCACGGGGGCAGGUGGACAUGGAGGCGGUGCAGCGGUACAACAAGAUCUUCGAUUGCAUGCACAGCAAGGGGCUGGAGCCGCAUGUGACGCUGCACCACUUUGUGCACCCGGCCUGGUUUGAGAGGCUGGGUGGCUUCACCAAGGAGGGCGUGACGAGCUUUGCGGGUCACAUCUACGGCAGCUUCCCGCCAGGGCGCAUCGGCCAGGUGGCGGGCUGCGCGCGCCAGAUGCUCUUGAUGCUGCGCUCGCAUGCCCAGGCGUACGAAGUGCUCAAGGCGAUGCCCGGCGGCAAGGAGGCCCAGAUCGGCAUUGUGUGGAACUACUUUUGGUUCGAGCCCAAGCGUUCCAGUUGGACACCCUUCUACGUCCCCUGGGUCAGCCGCCUGCUCACCAGGAUGUGGGGCAACGACAUGUUUAUGCAGUAUAUGCAGACGGGGGAGUUUGACUGGAACCCGCUGCCCUGGGUCUUUUCGCGUGUGCAUUACAAGGAGCCGGGCGGCCGCCCCGGGUGCGACUUCCUGGGCCUCAACUACUACUCUCGCGGCGUGAUGGACUGGAAGCUGAGCCCCUGCUGCAACCUGGGCGAGGUCAUGACCGACAUGCCUUACGCUCUCUAUGCCGAGGGCCUGGUGCUGGCGGUGCACCACAUGAGCAAGUUGGGGGUGCCCAUCUACAUCACCGAGACGGGGGUGGCGGAUGUGGGCGAUGAGCGGCGGCCGCUCAUGCUCCAGUCCUACAUGGAGCAGGUGGAGCGUGCGGUGCAGAUGGGCUACGACCUGCGUGGCAUUAUGUACUGGACACUGGUGGACAACUUCGAGUGGGGCUUUGGCUUUUCCAUGCGGUUUGGCGUCUACAAGUGGGAAAACGAUGGGAGCCAGAAGCGUGAGGCACACAGCAGCGUGAGCAUCCUGCAAAAGUGGUACGAGCGGCUGCCCCAGCGUGUGACGGAGCUGCUGCGGCUGCGGCGGCAGCAGGAGGCGGAUGGGGGGAUGGCGGCCCCUGCCCUUGCUGCGGCAUAG